AUGCCGUCGCACCGCAGAGUGCACAAACGAGGUGGUCCUCAGACGCCACAAGCAGAGUCAGAGCAACAGCAGCGCUUAAGUAACGCUCAGGACGCGGCUUCGCUGGAGCCUAGAGCCACGCCUGUCGUCGCGCAGCAGCCGUCUCCACUGAGCGGCGGCGGCGGCACAGACGACAACUCCUACAUCUCUGUCUGGGCUGACGAGGAGGACUCGUACCGACUUAUCACUGAGCGCGACGAGCACUUGGCACGCAUUCGUGCAUACAGAGGCUUCUAUGACCAGCUUGGCUGUAUAAAGAGGGCGGAAGCCCGAAACGUCAGCGACGAUGGUGACGUACAGCCGAGAUGGGUUGCCGACAUACUGGGCAUCAACAUGGCACCAGCUACUCCAGCAGUGCCUCGGACGACGCGUGCACUGCCCACCCCGUCACAGCAGCAGCAGAACGCCGCGCUGGGCAACCAUUCCUCUUCAACCUUCUCCAUCCGCACGCCGACGGACCUUGGCGACGCGGCUCCAGGCAGCGAAAUCCCCCUAAGGGCAUCGUUCAUGUCCAUGGUGUGCGAUGGGCCGCAGCCACUUGGCAAGAGUGAUCACGAGACGUCUUCGACUCUGUCACCCACAGUGGCAGAGACAAACCAACUGAGCCGACUGCAGGCGGAGAACUCGCGGAUGGCGGUGGAGCUGCAGGCGAGUCAGGAGGCGGUGCAGCGGCUCCACGAGUCGCUCCGUGAGGCUCGUGAGACUCUGCGCCGGUGCGGCGGCAUCAAGGAUAAGGAUGACGCCGCAAGCGAGGCGGCGUCGGACAGGCAGCAGCACCCUUUCCCGCCUGCCAUCGGCGCAUGGAAUGCGGUAGCGCUGCAUCGCGACAGCAGUCCCGUUACCGUGGGGGCAACGCAGGAGGCUGCGUCCAGCCGACCGUCGCUGCACCCCCCGCUCGCCUCCCCCACCACGGCCUCCCUUCUCUCCAACUCGGCGUCAUCCGUGUCCGGCAGUAUCCCAUCCUCCCCCAUCGAGCCGCCGCCGGGACGCUCACCAGCGCCAGCCUCGGCGACUUGUACGGAAGCCGCGCCUUCGUCCACUUCCAGUGAUCACCUGCAGGCGCAGUCGGAGAAAGUGCGGCAGUACGCGGGGCUGCAGGGGCCAUUGGCUCUUUCCCCAUCCCCGAAAAGGCUGCUGCCAAGCCCCCUAAAUUGCCUCGACGGCAACGGCGCCAGGGGUCACUUUCCCCGCUCGAGCUCGAAACUGUUUGAUGUGGCCGAGUUCUUCUGGGCUUUACAAGUCGCCCCACCGCCGCCCACGCUGCGGGCUGGGUGCGACUACAGCAAUCACUGCCAAGCCUCGACAACACCCUUACGCAGUCCGCCAUCUCUGACGGGCGUGGCCACCCACCUCAGCGGCGUGUACGGCGCGACGGGCCGGGCAGUUGACAAGUUGCCCUCGACCGCGUCGGCAGAGCAGGAGAAGCACGUGGAGACGGAGGAGGCGGCGGCCCUCGCCUGCGAGUGCGCAUGGGUGAACUCGAACUACUACUGCUACAAUAUUAUGGAUGAGAUGUCGAGCUUGCGCGUGGUGCCCUCUCCCGAGGAGGUCGGCCAUGGCAUCAGUCCAGCAGCCUCCGCCGUAAACGAGGACGAAGUGAUGCGACGGCUUCUCAACCACACCCCCACCACCACGUCCCUGUCGUCUUUGCCGCUACCCGAGUACAACACCCCACGCUCGAGCCUCACGCCACACAGAACCUCGGCGGCAAUGGCGCAGUGGCUAGUCUUCGAGAGGAUGGUGGCGCCAGUGUGGUCCCCGUCUUCGCCGGAGAACGCGUUCCUGUUUGCCAGCAUCCUCCCCUCACCAACCGCGCGUUGCUACCGGCUUCCGUACCUUCAGCGGCUGUGGGUGACCUCGGUGCUGCGGCAUCUACUGCUGUUUCUCCUUGUCACACUAAUUUGUAUCCUCCUCUUCAUCCCUGGCAUUGUGCUGGGCACCGUGAAUGUCUUCGAGGCCGCCGAGGGCGAGGACUUCUACGCACUUCACAACCGCUUCGGCCACAGUGCCCUGCUCGUCGUGGCGAGGCUGGGCGCGUGCACGCUCGUGCUCCUCACCUUCUUCAGCGCUGUGUGCGUAAUUGGUGGCUGGCAGCAGCAGCAGCAGCAGGACGCGGAAAAGGCGGCGGCGGUCGCUGUCGCUGAGAAUGAAUGUGCGCCUCCUGCUACCACUGCGGCAAAGCAGCCGUGGCUUAGCAUCUUCUCUGUGAAGUCGGUUGGUGCUCUUGUCCACCUCACGCUGUGCGUCGGUACUGGUCUCACAUUUUUCGGUGCCGUGCUGUUCCGCAAGGGCUGCCGCAAUACAAACCUGCAGCUGGUCCUUCUUGGUCAAUCCUGCUACGGUGCCGGAGAAGCUUUGCUGCUGGGUGGACUGGGCACCAUCGUGAGUGCCGAGGUUGGCGUAGCUGCCGGUGUGAGCGUCAGCAUGCAGAUCCUACUCUUGGGGUGGCUCAUCGUAAACGCCUUUGGCUCCUUCAUCGUCCCCAAGCUGAGCUACUACAUCUACAUCGCCGCGGCCCUUUUGGAUGCACUUGUGUAUGUGACCGGGUUCAUUGGUGCGCUGGUCUUCGGCGUCGUGAUGCUGUGCCCUCGAGACCAGAUCGAGCGUGCCGUGCACGCAAGCGCGAAGGAUGUCACGCUGCGUAGGCUUUGGUCUGCCGUGCGGCAUGACGUCUCGCUCUACUUCUUCUUGCGUUCUUUGACUGUUGGCCUACUGACAGCAGCGAUGGUGCUGCUUAUGAGCUCCGGUCUUGCUAUCUUCGUCCCUACGCAGGCGGCUGCCGCAGCGGUGGCCGCAUCGACCAAAUCGAGCGAGCAAAUGGCCACCAACGUCGACAAGGGCACAGGGGGCGCGGCGGAGGCGAGGUUUCUCACGAGUGACCAGGACAGCUGGGCAAUGCACCAGCGCCAUGCGCCGGUGCUUCUUUUCACGUAUGCGCUGGUGACGAUGCCAAUGUGCUUCAUCCCACGCUUGGCAUCACUCAUCAACCGGUGGUGUCCGGUGGCGCUGCUAACAACGUUGCUGUGCGCCAUGUGGAUGAUCAGCACAGGGGCCUCGUGGGCGCCAAUCCUCGGUCUAGAUGUGUCGGCAUCGAGCAGCGGCGGCAAGAGCGACGGAGUCACCACCAAAGUCCAGGCGGUGUCGCCGUCGGGUAGUGGUAUUGGGUUUUGGCUUUCAAAGUACCGCUUCCUGAAUCCCUGCAUCAGCGUCUGCGGCAUCGCUACGGGCGUCAUCUACACCAUCGUCCUCAGCAGUCUUCUGCGCUCGAUUACGAACGCUGGGGUGCAGUUGCCCGUCAUGCACCGAACCCCGUGGAACACGGUCUUCCACAAGCGGGGCCGAAAGGCAGCAGCCGCGGCAGCGCGGUUCCCCAGCGAAGCCACACCUCUCCUGACAAACGGGGAGCGGAAUGGAAAGCAUGAAAACACCGAUGCGGCCGCGGUGGAAGUCAAGUGCCCCGAUGCAGUCUCUACCAAAGUCCCCACGACCGCCACCGCUCUCCCUUUAGGGGAGUCGAAGACCUCAGAGGAGCUGCAGCGCCGUGUGCGGAUGCAGCUGCGCGGCGGCCCGGCGGUCAUGAUCGCGCUGGUGUGGAUGCUGAUCAUGAUGGUGCUGCUCCUGUGCGUGACGGUGAUGAUGGUGGCGGCGGUGCUCCUGACAGACCGUGCUGAAUCGCCGCAGUACGUGAGUCGCCUCCUGCCUGGUGUGACCAUGGAUGAGCACCUGGUCUUAAAGAGCACUCUGGCUUGCGUACUGAUCGCAGCGAUGCUGGUGCAGUGGGUGGAGAUGUGUCACAGGUUUUGCCGCAGCUGCAGCUGA